AUGCGUAUCCUUGAAUUUACUUUUAAACUCCUAACCAUAUUGGGAUGCUGGCGACCGGAUUCUUGGACGUCGCUAUAUAAACGCAUAAUGUAUUAUAUAUAUUCAAGCAUAAUAAUUUUGUUACUAAAUGCUUUUAUGUUAUCACAAUUAAUGGACAUAAUUCUGGUUGUGGAUAAUGCCGAUGAUUUUUCUGAUAAUUUUUUUGUAUUUGUUCCUAUGGUUGUUACUUGUUCUAAAUUGUUCAUUUUACUUUUAAAUCGCAAAAGCAUUAUUAUGUUGAUUAAUAUACUAAUGGAAAAACCAUGCAGACCGUUGACAUCGAAUGAAACGAAAAUUCUUUAUAAAUUUGAUAAAAGCAUACAAACUAAUACUCGGCGUUAUGCAUGUCUUGCAACGGUAACAGGCUUAUUUAUAGUGUUGACAUCUUUAUCUGUAAAUUUCAAAAGAAGAAAAUUAACGUACAGGGCAUGGCUACCGUUUGAUUAUUCGUCGACGACAUUAUUUUUCCUGAUAUACAUUCAUCAAUUGAUAAGUUUAUUAGCCGCAGGUUUCUUAAAUAUUGGUUGCGAUACUCUGAUCUGUGGAUUAUUGGUCCAUAUUUGCUGUCAAAUCGAGAUUUUGGCUUAUCGUUUGAAAAAAAUCAUGUUUUAUUCAGACAUUUUUCGCGAUUGCAUACAUCAACAUUAUCAUAUCUUCAGACUUGUUUUUAUUAUGAAUGCGAAAUUUAGGCUAACUUUUACCAUUCAAUUUACACUAAGUAUGUUGGUGGUAUGCUUCAAUCUUUAUCAAUUAAGUAAUACAACAGCAAGAGCCAAAUACAUUGAACUGAUAUUGUACAUGACUUGCAUGUUAACACAAAUUUUCUUCUACUGCUGGUACGGAAACGAAAUAAAAUUAAAGAGUCAUCAAUUGAUCGAUGAAAUUUUCGAUAUGGAAUGGCUGACAUUAGACAAAAAUAUGAAGAAAUCUCUAAUAAUAAUAAUGACGCGAGCAGUUUUUCCUAUUCAGAUUACCAGUGCCUACAUUAUUCCCAUGAAUCUCGAAUCUUUCAUGGGUUUACUUAAGACAUCGUACUCUACUUACAAUUUACUUCAACAAAUGCGGAAGACUAUAAUAUGUGAUAAGAUGCGUGUUUUACAAUUUACUUUUAAACUUUUGACAAUUGUUGGAUGUUGGCGACCGGAGUCAUGGUCAUCAUUGUCUAUGCACAUAGUUUAUGACGCUUAUACAGUUUUCAUGAUUAUAUUACUGUAUACAUUUUUGGUAUCUCAAUUUUUGGACAUUAUUUGGAAUGUCGAUAAUGCCGAAGAUUUCACUGAAAAUUUCUACGCUACAUUGGCGUCGGUCGUCUCGUGCUCCAAAAUGCUCAGUCUCAUGGUAAAUCGGAAUAACAUUAAUACGUUAACCAACAUACUUGACGAAAAACCGUAUAAACCGUUGGACGUCGAUGAAAUGAAAAUACGAUAUAAAUUCGACAGAUUCAUAUAUACCAACACAGUCUGCUAUACGAUUUUGGUAGAAACAACCUGUGCAUGCAUCACUAUGACAUCUUUACUCACAGAAUUUAGAAAAAGGAGCUUGACGUAUAGAGCAUGGCUACCAUAUAAUUACAAUUCGUCUAAUAUCGUGUUUUGCCUCACGUACGCUCAUCAACUUAUUAGCUUAACAGCCGGAUCGCUCGUCAACGUAGCCUGCGACAGUCUCAUUUGUGGAUUAUUGGUGCAUAUUUGCUGUCAGAUCGAGAUUUUAGAAUACAGACUCAGCAAAAUAUCCAAUGAUCAUAAUAAUCUUCGCGAUUGUGUAUGUCACCAUGACCGUAUAUUUAAAUAUGCAUUCAGAUUGAACAACAAGUUCAGAAUGACUAUCGCCAUGCAAUUCAUCGUAAGUACGAUGGUGGUAUGCUCCAAUUUGUAUCAGAUGACUAAAUCAUCAACUGUAAAUGCGAGUUAUCUUUCCUUACUACUGUAUAUGUCUUGCAUGUUGACACAAAUUUUUAUUUAUUGUUGGUACGGAAACGAAGUAAAAUUAAAGAGCACUCAACUAAUGUACAAUAUUUUUGGAAUAAAUUGGCUAGCACUGGACAGAGAUCUUAAAGAAAGCCUAUUAAUAAUUAUGAAUCGCGCAAUAACACCAAUAGAGUUUACCAGCGCUUACGUUCUUUCCAUGAACCUCGAUUCUUUCGUUGGGUUACUUAAGACGUCAUACUCUGUUUAUAAUUUAUUAAAACAAAUGCAGGUUCUUGAAAUUACACUAAAAAUUCUUAUGGUUGCGGGAUGCUGGCCGCCAAGUUCUUGGACAUCAUUUUAUAAACGUACUGUAUAUAACGCAUAUACAGUUUUUGUAACAUUCUUGCUAUUCACCUUUAUGUUGUCUCAACUUAUGGAUAUUAUUCUGAACGUUGAUAAUACCGACGAUUUUGCGGAUACUUUCUACGUCAUGCUCGCCAUGGUCAUGUCUAUUUGCAAAAUGAUCGGUCUCUUGAUAAAUCGCAAGAAUAUAGAGACAUUAACCAAUAUCCUUAUUCAGAAACCGUUUAUCCCGCUGGAAGCCGACGAAAUAGAAAUUCGACAAAGAUUCGAGAAGACAAUACAGGAGUGGACACCGAAGUACAACUACUCCGAAAUGGUGUUUUGCGUGGUAUACGCUCGUCAGUUAAUGAGCUCGAUGUUCGGGUCUUUAGUGAACAUAGCCUGCGACACUCUGAUCUGCGGUCUACUAUUGCACGUGUGUUGUCAAAUCGAGAUACUCGAGUGCCGGUUGAAAAAGAUCUCGCUCGGUCGAACUAAUAUGCGUGAAUGUGUACGUCAGCACAACAAUAUAUUUAAAUUCGCGCUAAUGGUAAACGAAAAAUUCAAGAUAAUUAUUGGCAUUCAAUUUAUAGUGAGCACGCUAGUGGUUUGCUCCAACUUAUAUCAACUAGCAAAAAUAACGUUGAGCGCGCAAUCAUUUCCAUUGAUAUUAUACACAUGCUCUAUGUUGACGCAGAUUCUUAUCUAUUGUUGGUAUGGAAACGAAGUUAAGCUGAAGAUGCAAGUUCUUGAAAUUACACUAAAAAUUCUUAUGGUUGUGGGAUGCUGGCCGCCAAGUUCUUGGACAUCAUUUUGCAAACGUACUGUAUAUAACGCAUAUACAGUUUUUGUAACAUUGUUGUUAAUCACCUUUAUGUUGCCUCAACUUAUGGAUAUUAUUCUGAAUGUCGAUAAUACCGACGAUUUUGCGGAUACUUUUUACAUCAUGCUCGCCAUGGUCAUGUCUAUUUGUAAAAUGACUGGUCUCUUGAUAAAUCGCAAGAAUAUUGAGACAUUAAUCAAUACUCUUAUUCAGAAACCAUUUAUGCCGUUGGAAGCUGACGAAAUAGAAAUUCGACAAAGAUUCGAGAAGACAAUACAAACCAAUACUUUAUGGUACGUAAUCCUGGUCGAGACGACGUGUGCGUGCGUGAUGCUGACGUCAUUAUUCACGAAUUUUCGAAAUGGCAAUCUAACGUACAGGGAGUGGACACCGUACAACUACUCCGAAAUGAUGUUCUGCGUGAUAUACGCUCGUCAGUUAAUGAGCUCGACGUUCGGGUCUUUGGUGAACGUAGCCUGCGAUACUCUGAUCUGCGGUCUACUAUUGCACGUGUGUUGUCAAAUCGAGAUACUCGAGUGCCGGUUGAAAAAGAUCUCGCUCGGUCGAUAUAAUAUGCGUGAAUGUGUACGUCAGCACAACAGUAUAUUUAAGUUCGCGCUUAUGGUAAAUGAAAAAUUCAAGAUGAUUAUUGGCAUUCAGUUUAUAGUGAGCACGCUAGUGGUUUGCUCCAACUUAUAUCAACUAGCAAAAAUAACGUUGAGCGCGCAAUCAUUUCCAUUGAUAUUAUACACAUGCUCUAUGUUGACGCAGAUUCUUAUCUAUUGUUGGUAUGGAAACGAAGUUAAGCUAAAGAGCAUCGAACUAACCGCUAAUAUCUUCAAAAUGAAAUGGCUAACACUGGAUCAAAGCGGAACACAAAGUUUAUUAAUUAUUAUGAAUCGCUCGUUAGUACCUAUUGAAUUUUCUUGCGGAUAUAUUCUCACGAUGAAUCUCGACUCUUUCGUAAGUUUACUUAAGACAUCAUAUACGGCCUAUAAUUUACUGCAGCAAGUAGGAACAACAUAA